AUGGAGCACAACCACCUCCACCUGCACAACGGCUCCCUCCUGGCGCACCACCGCUAUGGCUGCGGCUUGGGGUACGCACCUGUCGUCUACUACAGCCUGCUGCUCUGCCUCGGGCUGCCGGCAAACAUCUUGACAGUCAUCAUCCUCUCCCAGCUCGUGGCUCGCAGGCAGAAGUCCUCCUAUAACUACCUUCUAGCUCUAGCUGCUGCUGACAUCCUGGUUCUGUUCUUCAUCGUCUUUGUUGACUUCCUCAUGGAAGACUUCAUCUUAAACAAACAGAUGCCUCAGGUACUGGACAAAAUAAUUGAGGUCUUGGAGUUCUCUUCCAUCCACACCUCCAUUUGGAUUACGGUUCCGCUAACAAUCGAUAGGUAUAUAGCUGUGUGCCAUCCGCUGAAGUAUCACACAGUCUCCUACCCUGCUCGUACUCGAAAAGUCAUUGUAAGUGUCUACAUCACCUGCUUUUUGACCAGCAUCCCCUACUACUGGUGGCCUAACAUUUGGAUCGAAGACUACAUAAGCACAUCAAUGCAUCACGUCCUCAUCUGGAUCCACUGCUUUACCGUUUACUUAGUGCCCUGCUCCAUCUUCUUCAUCCUGAAUUCCAUCAUCGUGUACAAGCUGCGGCGAAAGAGCCAUUUCCGACUGCGAGGGUACUCCACAGGGAAAACAACAGCCAUUUUGUUUACUAUAACUUCUAUUUUUGCCAUACUUUGGGCACCAAGAGUAAUCAUGAUAUUGUAUCACCUCUAUGUAUCACCUAUAAACAACAGCUGGGUGGUACAUAUUGUGUCGGACAUCGCCAAUAUGCUCGCGCUGCUGAACACUGCAAUUAAUUUCUUCCUCUACUGUUUUAUUAGCAAAAGAUUUCGCACAAUGGCAGCUGCCACGCUGAAAGCCUUCUUUAAGUGUCAGAAGCAACCUGUGCAAUUCUAUACAAACCAUAACUUUUCCAUAACAAGCAGCCCUUGGAUUUCCCCAGCCAACUCGCACUGCAUCAAAAUGCUUGUUUACCAGUAUGAUAAGAAUGGAAAGCCUAUAAAAAUAUCACCAUGAAAAGGGCGAUAGUUUGAGUUUCUGGGUGCAAGUUUUCAAGUGGUUACAUCCUCAGGAUGUAAUUUGCUGAAAUGGCUGUUUUGACAAGUGGUCAUUUGAUUUCAUUUCCCUGGGAGACCGAGGUCAGAUCAGACUGUUAAGGAGAUAACAGGAGCACUUGAUUUUAGGAGCAAAAGUGAGAAGGCAAAUGCCUCCAUCUCUUACAUAGCAUUUUGAAUAUGCUUCAGAGUUCAAGUCUUACUGUUCAGUUGCACUCAAAUGUUUUGCAUCCCAGCACCAGUGCAGUCUGAAGUCAUUCGAGAGGGGAGUCACAACAGUGUUUAAUUACAACCUUUAAAACACAACAACAAAACCUUACUUGACCAUGCAGUUCACUAUCAACAGAGCAAACGGAUGCUUUUAUGUACUGUGGAAGGUGCCAUUUCUGGUGUGUGCAUCUGCCAAAAAUGAUGUGUUGUUGCUGACAUGAAAUACUACCACACAGUCUUGUUGUCAAGAUCUCGCUGCAAGAGGCAGCCUGCGAGACACAAACUGGGACAAGCCCUUUUUGGCUCACGUGAACAAGGCUCGAGGACCGAUAUAGUACCUGUCACAGCCUCGGCACAGAAAGUAAUCCUGCAAGCUGCCAAUAUUAAUGUUUUAAGUUGAUAUUUAAGAAUGAGACCAAGAUGGGAGAGCUCGAGGGAGGUUUCUAGAGCCAAGAACAAAAGCAGCAUCUUUUCCCAGCUAUUUCAGUUAUGGUGUCUAAAGACUUUCAAGUGUGAGGCCAAGUCCUGCCUGUUGCAGAGAUCCCACUGAAGCUGCUCCUGUGAGGUUUGGAGUGAUCACAGCCUUCAGGUUCCUUCUUAAUCAGUAAAGAUUCUCAGUUAUCCCCCGUGUUCAGGCCUUUAGGCAUUAACAUAUAAAAAAUUCAAUCUAAGAUUUUCUCCUGACAGUUUAUGCCCUCCUAUUGCAGAUUUGCUAUUUAAUUGUUUAAAAACUAUUUGUCAAAGGAGUCCAUUAAAUACCCAACAACAGUAAAAACAUAGAUUAGCUUGGACUAAGGCUUUUGAAUCUUUACCUUAUUUAAAGGAGCUUAACUUCUUUUACACUCAAUCCCAGUAAUGCUGAGCAUAGAAAAUAAGAUGUUUACAGGAAGGCUGAAAAUGCAUUUCUUUUUAUUUCUCUCCUUGUCAGACCCUGGCAUGUGGUCUCUCAGAGCCACAUACCACCUUUUUACUUCUAUAUUAGGCACUUAAUGCAGCCUCACUGAAUGUGAGAGCAGACUUGCUUGAGUGGUGAACGCAAGCACAAUGUGGUCGGUGGAUACAGCAGCUUCCCAGUAACUGCAAAUGAGAAGUAGCCUGAUGUUAGCUCUGCAUUUGUGCCUGUGCCCAUCUCCAUUGCCGGUGGGGAGCUCAUGGUGCAUCAGGGACUAACGUACUAAAGUCCUCUGAGAAGGGAUCCAGUCAAUCUCACUUUGGUGGGAUACAAGGGCUGAAAGCAUCUCUCUAAACCCCAUGGAUGGCUCAGUUUUGGUGCAUUUCCCCUAAGAAGCACCAAGUCUGCAAGAGUCCUACUGAGGACAGCAGUCUGGUUCCCUUCUGCCGCAAAGGUUGCAUUUGCACACCAACUCACACUGGCAUCCUGCAAGAGCAAAGCCCAUGCCAGCCCUGAGCACACCUUCCCCAGGAGGGAAUAGCAGCAGAGGGCACAAGCCAUGAAGAGCAGGGCCCCAAGCAAAGGCUGGCUUGUGUGUGGAGGGGCUUUCUCAGGACAGAUCAAGGCUACUCAGGUCGAUGAGGAGCACAGACAGAAUGCCCAGCACCUCAAGGGCCGCACACCACCCAACUCUCUCCCACCAACAGAGCAGUCAGGAGAGCUGCUCAGCACUCCUCUGCGAGGUGCUGGAGCACCCCAGAGACCACUCUGGUUACAGCAAGGAAAAGGGGAGCUGAGAGCAAAAGGUGACCCUUCCCACCCUCACCCACCAAAGGGAUGCUACCCACCUAAAUCUCCCCAGAUUGAAAGGAAAAUGAGGAGCCUCCUCAUCCUGUAGGGUGCUUGUCCCUGUGAUCUCAGCAAAGCUUCACACUUACUUGCAAUAAUAAAGCGUAAGAGGGAUGCUCAGCCUUGCUGUAUAUGUCAUAGCAAAUUGAUUGCUAUGAUUGCAAUCAAUGAUUGCUCCCUUUACCAGUGUUCUACAGAAAUUCAGUUUUGGGGCCAUGUCUUUUACCCUCCUCUCAGAAACCUCUCUCUGGUCUUUGUCAGUUGAUAGUAACCAAAGUUACCUUAUGAAAAAGGUACUGUAUGUUUC